UAUCAAAUUGGGUGGAAUUGAAUUCAGAUUCGGGGAAGUUUGGACAGGUUGGCCCAACAUCAACUUUACCGGCUCUAAUUGUGGACUUUAGUGGAUUAAUUUAUGAUGUUCCUACGUAAAAAAUAGAAAAAGAAAUGCCCUAAAAGGCUGAAAUGCUGUAGCGUGGCUCAACAUAGAGCUGAAGCAGCUCACGCCGUCGAAGCUGCUGCUCCUCACAUGGCCUCCAGACGAUUGAGGGCUUUCAAGAGGUGGAUGAAGUCCGAAGGAAUCGAAUGCAGCGAUACGCUUGAGUUCACAGACUGCCCAGAACAAGAGAUUUCAGUGAGAGCCUUGUGUGAUUUAAAGGAAGGUGAUGUGGUCGCCAAAAUACCAAAGGCUGCUUGCCUCACUAUCAAGACCAGUGGGGCUCGGGAAAUGAUUGAAUCCGCUGGUUUGGAUGGUCCUUUAGGUCUAUCGGUGGCUUUGAUGUACGAAAAGAGCUUGGGUCAGGACUCUCCUUGGGCUGGUUACCUUCAGCUUUUGCGACGUCAAGAGUGCUUGCCUUUGGUUUGGACUCUGCGGGAGCUGGAUUCUUUACUCUGUGGGACUGAACUACAUAAGACAGUUAAGGAAGACAAAGCUCUUAUUUACGAGGAUUGGAAAGAAAGUAUUCUGCCUCUCGUAUAUUUGGCACCUCAAACCUUUAGUCCAUGUGCUUUUAGUGUUGAAGAAUACUUUGCUGCGAGAAGUCUUAUUGCCUCUCGGUCUUUUCAGAUAGAUGAAUACCAUGGAUUUGGGAUGGUUCCUUUGGCAGAUCUCUUUAAUCACAAGACAGGAGCAGAGGAUGUACACUUCACCUCUGUAUGCUCUAAUCAAGAAUAUGACAAUGAUGCUGACAGUGACAACAGUGAUAACAACAAAUUAAGUAAAAUUUCUGUCCAGGAUAAGAAGGCGUUAGGUGCAGCUUCCAAUGGUGAGAAUUCGUACAUUCACAGUGAUUCAGAGUACUCUUCAUCUUUUGGAGAUGAUCCUAUGAUGCUGCAAAUGAUUAUGGUGAGAGAAGUCAAAUCAGGUGUAGAGGUUUUUAACACAUAUGGAUCACUUGGCAAUGCUGCUUUGCUUCACAGAUAUGGAUUUACAGAGCCCAAUAAUCCUUUUGAUAUAGUGAACAUUGAUCUGGAAUUGGUCCUGAAAUGGGGUUUUUCUCUGUUUUCUAAUCGGUACUGCAGAGCAAAGUUGUCCCUUUGGAGAAGAUUAGAUUUUUCUGGAUGUGUAAGUGAGAACUCCGAAUAUUUUGAGAUCUCAUCCGAUGGGGAACCCCAAAGGGAGCUAUUGACGUUAUUAUACAUAAUGUUAUUGCCAGAGGAUGCAUGUCAUAAGUUGGAUAUUAACAUUUGCACUGCUGAUAAGGUUGGUGAAUGCAUUGGCAUGAUGUUAUCAGAAAAGCAUAACAUUAAAUGGGACGGAAGCUCAGAAAUAAGCAAGGAAUUGUUGCUGACAGAAAAGGUUUGCAAUGCCCUCUUGGCACUUGCUGAUAUUCGUGAGAGUUGUUACGGUUCAAAGACAAUAGAUGAGGAUAUGGAAGCUCUAAAGAGAUGUUGCAUGAAGGAAAGAAAAUUAUAUCAUUCUUUGGUGCUGAGAAUAAGUGAGAGGAAGAUCCUUGAGAAGCUUAGGACUUUUGCUACUAUAGGAGCUCAAACAUUUCAAACUGCAAAGAAAACCUUUACAAGGAAGAUAUUUAAGAGACGUAAGGUGACAUAAUUCAUCCACGUUGCUUUGUUUUCCCGUACCAAACGGAAGGACUUUGCCUGGGCCAUCAUGCUUAGAUGAAACUGAUCGUGGAACACGUGACCGUUUUUUUUUUUUAUUCUUGCAUUUGACUAGUCAACAAUGCCUUAAUCAAUAUUAC